UGUAUAUAAAAUGUUUUCGGGUAUUGCACUUAGAACUUCUAAAUCGAUUUUAAUAAAUUAUAAUUGUUAUAAAAAUAAUGCGCUUUUAUAUAAUUCUGUAAGACACUUAAGUUUUAGUCCUUUCAAGAAAGAAAAAGAAAGAUUUAAAAGACCGUUGAUACUGCAUUCAACAAGUUUUUUAAUUGGUUCAGUUUCAGUCAGUAUAUUAUUUGGUUAUUUGAUUUGGCGAGCUAUUAAAAAUCAAAAAAUAUUGCCAGUUGUUUAUAAUGCAAGUCUCAUAGCCUCACCGAAAUGCGAUAUUUCAUCUUUAGCUGGUCGUCGCAAUAAAUAUAAUUUUAUAGCAGAUGUUGUAGAAGUGUGCGGUCCGGCUGUGGUUUACAUUGAAAUUAAAGACACCAAACGUUUUGAUUACUUUACUGGUCAACCUUUUACUGCUUCCAACGGUUCUGGUUUUAUUGUUGAGUCUGAUGGUCUUAUUUUGACCAAUGCUCAUGUCGUCAUAAAUAAACCGCACACUGUAGUAAGCGUAAGAUUAAGUGAUGGAAGAACUUUCCCCGGAGUAGUUGAAACGGUUGAUCCUACAUCUGAUUUAGCUACUGUAAGAAUACAGUGCAAAAAUCUACCCACAAUGAAACUUGGGGAGUCAAGUUCACUUCGAUCAGGUGAAUGGGUGGUAGCAAUGGGAAGUCCCUUGGCUUUAAGUAAUACCGUAACUGCUGGUGUAAUUAGCUCAACACAAAGAGCAUCACAUGAACUAGGACUGAGGGGUCGCGAUAUUAAUUAUGUUCAAACAGAUGCAGCAAUUACAUUUGGGAAUUCUGGCGGUCCAUUAGUAAAUUUAGAUGGCGAGGUAAUUGGCAUUAAUAGCAUGAAAGUUACAGCCGGAAUAAGUUUUGCCAUACCUAUAGAUUAUGCCAAAAAUUUUUUAAAAAAAAGUGAAGAAAGGAGAAAAAAAGGUGGUUCAGUUACACCUGGAGGUCCCAUACGGAGAUAUGUUGGAAUAACAAUGUUAACUUUAACAAACGAAAUUUUAACAGAAUUAAAACAUAGAAGUGAUACUGUUCCUGAAAAUAUUACCCAUGGAGUUUUAGUAUGGAAAGUUAUAGUUGGAUCGCCUGCUCACCAAGGUGGAUUAAACCCUGGGGACAUAGUUGUUGAUAUUAAUGGAAAAAAUGUGCAUAAUUCUUCUGAUAUUUAUGAGAUACUUUCAGACAAGGAUGAAAUAUUAAAUAUUACUAUUUAUCGCGGAUUAAAAAAAAUGAAAAUCAAAGUCAAACCAGAAGAGUCAUAACGAGCUAUUCCUCAAUUUUCCAUUUACCUAAAUUUAUAUAUUUACAAUUUACCUGUUUAGACACAAAGGUGUUUUAAUGUUAACCCUUUUUAGAGAAAUAAAAUGUAAGAGCAUAUUUUGUUAAACUUUCACUAGUGGUAAAAAACUUGUAAAAAUAAACAUUUUUUAAUAUUAAAUU